UGAAACGGUAGGUGUUCAAAACUGGUGGUGGCGCGCCUCCACCAGACAUGACCUCAGAUUGUGAGCAAGUGCUCACACUCCUCGGGGAUGACAUUAAUGACAUCGGCAACCCCUAUGAUGAUGAUGCCUUGCCAUCUCAGCCAAAGUCGAACCACCAUGGUCGACUCAUCCGAUUUUCAAGGUCUCUUGUGAGAGCACGCUCCGACAUCUGGUGUGAGUUGGUGAGUUCUGAACCACUGGCACCAACACCAGAUGAAGAACAGGGCGGCAACAAAGUUGGGGAAACAAUUGUGCCUGCCAGCCCCGUAAGGAUGACGAGCAGGCAACGUCGAGCCGGGAGGUGGAAAGCGGGCGAAGACGUAGAAGUCCGGGAGAUAGUGAAGGCCAGCACAAGCAGGGACGACGAGUUUCAGAACAAGAGGGCAAAAUUGAUGGACAUGCAAUUACGAUACAUGGAGUUGAAGCUUGAGGAGGCUGAAGCCAGAAAAGAGGAGGCUAAAGAAAAAGCUUUAGAAGCAAAAAUGUAUCGACUCAUUGCAGAAAAAGAGCACGCAAACUGCACAUGAGAUAUA